GAACCACUCUUGCGACAACAACCCAAAAUCGCAAUCAUGGCACUCCAGCAAGAGGAUCUCAAAGCUCUCGAGCAGACUCGUCAGCGUCUCUUACAUUUAACUUCUAAUAUCGCAUCUUUGAAAGCUGAUUUCCAGAGGGGCGCACCUCUGCCUGAAUACUCCUCAAUAAUGACAUCUUCAUCCAUUCUGAGUACAAAUAUCCAAUCUGUCAUCGAUCAUCUUGCUGCCAAUAGUGCACUUCUUUCUCGAAUCGUCGCAUUCCCCUCUACCAAUUUCCCUGGCCGCACGCAAGAAGGACUUCUCCUACAACUACUGCGCAAAAAGCUAGAACCACAAGUAGAGACUUGGGUUGAUGAGGGUCGCAAUUUGCAGAUAGAUGGUACGGGAGACGGGGAAGAUAUUGAAGAAACCUGGAAAUGGGCGGCAGAAUGGAUUGGGCCAAGGAUAAGACAAUACGCAUUAACUGAGGCCACUGAUGAUUAUACGUGGGAGGAGAGAGCGAGUGGUGAUGUUGAUAAUGUCAAUACAGGACUUAAAGAUGAAGAAGAUACUGAUGAUGAAGAUGAAGAUGAGGACGAGGACGAGGAUGAGGUCAUGGGAGGAAUGGGCAAACGUACCGAGAAGAAAAAGACAAAAGCACCGGAAAAGGGAGCUGUGAGAAAGGAUGGAAGAGUGAGGACUAAAGAAGAGAUAUUGAGAUUUGCUACUAGUGGGGUUAUCUGAAGCUAGCCCACCAUGUGGGAAGAACAAAUCAAGCUGUAUUGGCGCAUCGCCAGACAGAGACCCCGAUAUUGUGCCCUUGGUGGUACAUGGUCACCGUCCGCAUGAGAGCAGAGCUUCAUGAUUCAGUUGCUGAGUGUUGCGUGGAUGUGUCUACAUUCUAAGCUGCUUGGUGAAGUCAUCAUCGCCAUCAUCUGAUAUCAGGAAGCCGGAUUCCAAUAGCGUCAGCAGGAUCGGUGCUAAACCACAUGGACCAAACCGCUCUGUCAUGCUGCAGUAAAAGCAAGUGCAGACAUAAUUACAACCUACUUUGUGUAGGUGGUCUUCUUUACAGAGUUUAAUGACAAUCAAUACACAAUAUAACCCCCA